AUAUCUAUUUAACUGUUUAAAUAAACCUUUUCGUUUUUAGAAAACGAGAAUAUGUGCUUGUGUGUUUUUUAAAUAAGAAACCCGUGUUGAAUUACUUACUAGAAAUGGGAAGAAAAUGCGUGGCGAUUGGUUGUAACUCAUCAAUGAAUGGGAAAACCUCCAUCAUGUUUCACAAGUUUCCUUACAGCGACCCUAGUAGAAUGCUCAAAUGGCUUGAAUUAUGUCCACCAGACUUGACAACUGACAAAGGUAGAAUUCUUCUUUGUUCAAGGCACUUUCGACGGGACCAGUACCUCAAUAUCAAUGCUAAAAAACCAAAACUAGUACAUGAUGCAGUUCCAUUCAAGAAACGAAAUCUCACCGAUCCCCAUCUUCCAAAAAGAACAGAAAAAUCUGGGAAGUCUACUACUAUCAAUUCAAAAGAACUAAGUGGCAUACAGCCUUUAGGAGUGAAUCCAUUGAAAAAAGACAGUAUAGAAGAAGUGGGAAAUGAUGAACUGUCAUCUGAAGAAAGUAUAGAGGAAAUUUCUCAGGAAGAAAUGGAAGAAUCACUCACAACAGUAGAAGUUGAAAUGAAGGAUACUGACUCUAAUGAUUCCUUUGACUAUGUAAAAGAUGACCUUGUUAAAAAUAUCCUUCCACCAAAUCAAGCAGUUAUUUUGGAGAAUAUUCGCCUUAAAUUGGAUAAUGGAGAGCUUCAAACAGAACUGGAAAGUUCCAAACAGCGCUUGGCCUUUCUAGAAAAACAAGUGCACAGGUUAAGCAGGUUAACAGGAGAGUGUGAAUGUGUUUGCAGUUCUUGCACCAACAACUCCAACAGCAGUUGAUCGACUCGUCUGAGAGCUUUUGAGGCCUUUUUAUUGAAACUCAAAACGGCAAAUUUUGUAAAUUUCUCUAUCUGAAGAAAGUCAGUGAAAAUGAAAUAUAUGAAACUACAGAAAUUAA